AUGGCCAACCUGGCACCUCCCUUUGUGGCCGUGGAGGGAGUCCCCAACUUUCGCGAUCUAGGCGGCCAUCCAUGCCACCCUCCCAGCACCCUCUCAGCAGAACAGCAGCAAGGAUCCUGGUGUAUACGACCGGGCUUCCUGUUUCGCUCCGCGCAGCCGUCCCAGAUCACCGUCGCCGGGGUGGAGACGCUGACCAAGACUCUCAGGAUCAGCGCCGUAUUCGACUUUCGCUCCGAGACGGAGAUUCAGUUGGUGGCCUCACGGUACCCCGAUUCGCUGCUUUGCAUCCCGGGGACCACCCGAUACGCCAUCCCUGUUUUCGAGGAGGAGGGCGAUUAUUCUCCAAUCUCACUGGCCAAGCGAUACGGCACAGCCCAGACGGUGACUACUGCUGCUGCUACCAGCGGGUUUGUCAAAGCAUACGAGGAGAUAGCGCUCCAGGCGGCCCGGACGGGGAGUUUCCGAUCUGUCAUGCUGCAGAUCCUUCAGGAGCCAGACCAUCCAAUCCUCUUCCACUGCACGCUCGGAAAGGACCGUACGGGGGUCUUUGCUGCCCUGCUUCUCAAGCUGUGCGGGGUCGCCGACGAGGAAGUGGUCGCCGAAUACGCACUCACCACCAUUGGAAUCGGCGCAUGGCGUAAGCACUUGAUUCAGCGGCUGCUGCAGAGGGGCGACGCGGCCACUCACGAGCAGGCAGAAGCUAUCGUGGCCAGUGAUCCGGGGGAUAUGCGGGGUUUCUUGGCGGACGUGGUGGACACCAAGUUUGGGGGCGCGCAGCGGUACUUUGUCGACCAGUGUGGACUUUCAGAGAGUGAGGUUGAUUCUAUUGUGGCCAGCCUGGUAGUUUCAGUGAAUUAA